AUGCUGCUGGCUGGCACAUCCCCCAAGUACCACCACGACGAAGCUAGCAUCACCAGUCCGUUGCCCGCCACCGAAGCAAUCCCAGGACCAGGACCAGGCCCUGACUGGGGUGUGGGUACGGGACGGCGUGGUCCUGCGACCCUGGUCGAGAUGGGUAAUCCCAUCCUCCUCUUGUUCCUCAUCGACGGCCUGCUUGUACCCUGA